AUGUCGAACCUAGGCCUGGUCGAUCACUCGCCUUUCAACGCCGAGCCCGCCGCUCCAAUUCCUACCGCUUCCAAUCUUGUCCUCAUCGACAACUACGAUUCAUUUACCUGGAACGUCUACCAAUAUCUGUGUCUCGAGGGCGCAACCGUCACCGUCUACCGCAAUGAUGAAAUCACAAUUGACGAAUUGAUCGCUAAGAAGCCUACCCAGCUGGUCAUCAGUCCUGGCCCCGGUCACCCCGAAACAGACUCGGGUGUUAGCAAGGAUGCCAUUCGACACUUUGCUGGAAAGAUUCCCAUCUUUGGUGUUUGCAUGGGCGAACAAUGUAUCUACUCUGUAUUCGGUGGUACCGUCGAGAAGACUGGAGAGAUUCUGCACGGAAAGACCUCGCCUUUGCGACACGACGGCAAGGGUGUCUACGCCAACAUUCCCCAGGACAUUCCCGUUACCCGCUACCACUCGCUUGCUGGAACCCACCCCACUCUCCCCGAAUCUCUCGAAGUCUCUUCAUGGAUUGCUGUUGGCCCUGAUGGAGGAAAAGGUGUCAUCAUGGGUGUGCGCCACAAGGACUACGUCAUUGAGGGUGUUCAAUACCAUCCCGAGAGUAUCUUGACCGAGGAGGGAAGACUGCAGAUCAAGAACUUUUUGUACAUGCAGGGCGGUACCUGGGUCGAGAACGAGCGCUUGCAGAAGGAGGCCAAGUCGAACGCUCAGUCAGCAAAGACCAAUGGACAGACCAAGGACAAGCAGACCAACAUUCUCGAGAAGAUCUUCGCACGCCGCAAGGAACUGGUCGCCGCUCAGAAAGAGAUCCCAUCUCAAAGACCCAUCGACCUCCAAGCCGCCUACGAUCUGGACCUUUCACCACCCCUCAUCUCCUUCCCCGACCGUCUCAAGCAGUCUCCAUACCAACUCUCCUUGAUGGCUGAGAUCAAGCGUGCCUCCCCUUCCAAGGGCAUAAUUUCUAUUUCCACUUGCGCCCCUGCACAAGCUCGCAUUUACGCUCUUGCCGGCGCCAGUACCAUCUCUGUCUUGACCGAGCCCGACUGGUUCAAGGGCAGCAUCGACGACCUGAAGGCUGUUCGCCAAGCGCUGGCUGGCAUGCCUAACCGUCCGGCUGUUUUGCGCAAGGAGUUUGUUUUCGACGAGUACCAAAUCUUGGAAGCUAGAUUGGCUGGUGCCGACACUGUUCUUCUCAUCGUCAAGAUGCUUGACAUUGAGACUUUGCACAGAUUGUACAAGUACUCGCAAUCCCUCGGCAUGGAGCCUUUGGUCGAGGUCAACAACGAAGAGGAAAUGAAGAUUGCUGUCGAGAUGGGCUCAAAGGUCAUUGGUGUCAACAAUCGCAACCUCACAAAUUUCGAGGUCGAUCUAGAGACCACCAGCCGUCUUAUGUCGCUCGUUCCCAAGGAGACUGUUGUCUGUGCCCUCAGUGGUAUUGCUGGAUCACAAGACGUUGUGCCUUACCAAAAGAACGGUGUUGGUGCUGUCCUUGUUGGCGAGGCUCUGAUGCGCGCAAAGGACACUGCCCAAUUCAUCUCCGAGCUUCUUGGUGGCAGUGUGAAGUCUGCUACCAAGGAGUCUAAAAAGUCACCUAUGGUGAAGAUCUGCGGCACUCGUACACCAGAAGCGGCCAAGGCUGCAGUUGAAGCCGGCGCAGACUUCAUCGGUAUCAUCCUUGUCAAGGGUCGCAAGCGCUGCGUGUCCAACGAGACCGCUCUUGAAAUUUCAAAAGUCAUACACGAGACACCCCGUGCGAGAUCAGAUUCAGAUCUGAGUGAAGGAUCGUUGCCGGUGUCAGCGACAAACUACUUCGACCAUACCACAGCACACAACCUGGUUCACCCGCGACACGCAAAGCUUGUUGGUGUCUUCCAGAACCAGCCAUUGUCAUAUGUUCUAGAACAACAGAAACUUCUUGGUCUCGACAUUGUACAAUUACACGGAUCUGAGCCUAUUGAGUGGGCAUCACUUAUUCCUGUUCCCGUCAUCCGGGCUUUCCACCCAGGUGAUGCUGGUCUCGCUACUCGUGGCUAUCACGCAUUGCCGCUGGUCGAUUCUGGCGCUGGCGGUUCUGGUGAGCAAGUGGACUUGUCGAAAGUCCAGGAGCUUUUGCAGAAGGAUAGCGGCCUACGGAUCAUGCUUGCUGGUGGCCUCAACCCUAGCAAUGUCAAGCAGGUGUUCAGUGGUCUUGCCUCAAACAUGAGCCAAGUUGCUAUCUUGGAUGUCAGCAGUGGCGUCGAGGACAACGGUGAGCAGAGCCUGUCGAAGAUUCGCGAGUUUGUUACUGCUGUCAAGGCCGAAUUUUGA